UGUGCUGACCCUCCUUUGAUGCCCAUCUCUCUCUCUCUCUCUCUCAUUCCAGUGCAACCAUAAAGGCUCCACAUCUUGGCUUUGCUGUGACAUCCAGCACCUUCUGCAUGUCAAUUACUAUGGGGAUGGAGACUUUGAAGGCCCUGAGAGCUUAAGCAUCUUGUCUUCUGCAGGUCGAGAUCCCACCGAGAUGGGUCGAUCACCUUGCUGCGAGAAGGUGGGCUUGAAGAAGGGGCCCUGGACGCCGGAGGAAGACCAAAAGCUGCUCGCCUACAUCGAGAAGCACGGCCACGGGAGCUGGAGAGCGUUGCCUGCCAAAGCCGGGCUGCAGAGGUGCGGGAAGAGUUGCAGGUUGAGGUGGACCAACUACCUGAGACCAGACAUCAAGAGGGGCGAGUUCAGCUUGCAGGAGGAACAGACCAUCAUCCAACUCCAUGCUCUCCUUGGGAACAGAUGGUCUGCAAUUGCCACCCAUCUGCCCAAGAGAACGGACAACGAGAUCAAGAACUACUGGAACACCCACCUGAAGAAGCGGUUGGCCAAGAUGGGCAUCGAUCCCUGCACCCACAAGGCCAAGAGCGACGCCCUCGUCUCCGCCGACGGCCACUCCAAGAGCGCCGCCAACCUCAGCCACAUGGCGCAAUGGGAGAGCGCACGCCUCGAAGCCGAGGCGCGCCUCGUGAGGGAGUCGAAGCUUCGUACAGCAUCCAACUCCACGAUCCUGCAGCAGCAGCAGGAGCAGCCGCAGCAUCAGUUGGGGUCGUCCUCGUCGUCGUCCUCCACCACCGCACUGCCUCCUGCUCUGCUGGCCAGCAAGCCGGGCGCGCCCCCCGGACCGCCUCCCUGCCUCGACGUGCUCAGGGCGUGGCACGGAGUCUGGCCGGCGAAGCCGGCCAUCGAACGGGUCGACCUGGAGUCGCCCACUUCCACCUUGAGCUUCGCGGCCGCCGGCGUGGGGCUCGUGGACGGCAAUGCGGCGGCGGUCAGGCAUCAAGGAGGCGAGAAUUUGGAGCCGGAGAGCGCGGACUGGAAGUGCUUGGCGAAGGACCGAAUGGACAGCUUCGCAGGGUUCUCGGUAGAUGCCUUCGGCGGGGAGGCGCCAUGGCUGCCGGAGCCAUACACCUCCCAAGAAGGGUGCGCAUGGGGACAGUUCGGAGCAGGACUCACCGGACUGCUGCUGGGUGACUCCGGCGCCCAGAAGCCUCUUGGCUACUGCGGCGAUUCCUACGCAACCCGACGUGAGACCUGCGAGGAAGAGGACGAGGAGGAGGAGGAGGAGGAGGAGGAGGAAGACGAGGAGGAGAAGGAAGGAGAGGCGAAGAAAAGCUACUGGAACAGCAUUCUCAACUCGGUCAACUCCUCGUCCUCUUCCAACUCUGCGCCGGCGCCGGCGUUCUACAACAACUCAGCUCGCGUAGAUUUCCUGCGUAGAUCUCCUGUGCCAUGAAGUAGCCGUUGGAUUCAAAUCCACUAAGUAUAGUCUAAGAUUGUGAUGGGAACCAAAAAAAUAAGAGGAAUAAAAAGGGGAUGAUGUGCUCGUAUUGUCCUUUUC